AUGGUAACAGCUCUGUUGCUGCUCAGUGAGUUAUUUCUUCAGCCAGACAUGGAGGAUCAGAGAAGAGGAAAUUGUUACCUUAACCAGAUGGAUCCAAACCUGAGACAGGAGCUUAACAAUCCGGAAUGUUUCCAUGGCGAUAGGAUGAAGAAAAGUCAUCCUUUAUAUAGGACCUCGAACCAAACUUACGGCAGCAAGAAACCAACAGUUCAUGAGAUGCAGACUAGGUUGUGGGUGACGUCUCAUCGCUUUUCAGAGCUGCAGGGGCAGGCUGGGAUGUACCGGGAUCACAGCUUCAACACAGCCAUAGAAAGGAGCAAAGUCAUGCUUUCCACAGAAACCCAGAACCGGAGAUUUCAGCAGCACCAUAUGAAUCGCUAUGGAAACCAAAUUAUGGAGCAGCAUCAGCAAAACAAAAACACAUUAAAUUAGAUGAAUUUUCUCCUGUUGAUUUCAGACUAACAGAUAUAGAACAAAUAAACAGUUUCACUGAUCUGGUAUAUUUCCACCAGAAUCAGAUCACGAACGUGUCAUUCUCCAUUUCAACCAGCAGAUGGCAGCAUUGUUUCAAAAAGGAGGACAAUGAAUCUGGAAUCACUGAGACACUAAAUUAAUCCAUCUUGAUCAAUUUCAAUCCUUUCAUGUUUUUAUAGCUGUGAUAAUUAUUCAAAGAUUCAUUUAAAGGUUAGAGAUUCAUUUAAACUGUGUUCUCCUGAUUUUAUCCCUCAGAUAGUUUAAAGCAGCAUCGCAGAAAAAGCAUUAGAUGAGCAACAGUCCUUGAGCUUACCAGGAUUUCAGGUGUUAAACCAAAGAAGUGGAUAUUCUUGGAUUCUGCUAUGAUCUCUUCAUUUUGCUGCUGCACAUUCUGGGUUAAU